AUGGAAAGACUGUUUAUUGCCAGUAGACAAGAACCACACAUGCUAUCUGAUUAUCCUUAUCAGAAUGCGUCAAACGUAGCACCGGUAAAUCAAAUACAAGCGAUUCAAUCAUCAUCGUAUCUAUAUCGGUCUGUUCCAGAUAACAGUAGUACUGUUAUAGAAAGUAAUUCGAUACGUUCCAUUGAUAGUACUACUCUGAAUGAUGAUAAAAUAAAAAAAUUCGAAGUCUCUUGUCCACAUAUUACGCCUGAUCUUAUCGAACUAUUACGUUUUCUUCGCGGAAAUAAUAUGAAAAAAACAGAAGAUUGUUUGAGAAAAGAAUUUAAAAAUCUUGUUGAAAAUAUUACCUCUCCUUCAAAGUUUCCAUUACGUUGUUAUACAAGACCGCACGAUUAUUUUGAAGUUUAUCAAUUAAUAGUAACAUUUAUUUUGUCAAAUAUAAUGUCAUCGACUUCUGCCAAUAAUGAAUUAUUGCAAUUACUGUUUCCACUAUUCGUUCAUUUCUAUAUUGAUCUCAUCGAACAACAGUAUCUAGAAGAAAGUGAGCAAUUUUUCAAUAAAUAUACAACUUAUUUUAUACCCUAUUAUAUCGAAUUUCUAUUACAAUUACGAGUUAUCAAACAUUCAUCACAUAUUUUGCGUAAUUCUCUGACAUAUGCAUUACGUUCAAGUCGAUUUCUAAUAUAUUUAUCAUUGACGACAUGUAAUGUAUUACAAAAGUUUAUUGAAUCCUUAAUAUUACAGCAUCAUUAUGGAUACAAAUCACAAUUUACACCAUUGACACAGCAACAAACAUCGUUAUUAUUAUCAAUUUUUCAAACAUAUUUAAAAAUUGAUAUCAAGAAGCAAAUGUGGAAGCCAGUGAAUGUUGUUCGAUUUCCAGUAUCAGAUAUAAAACAGUCUACUAAUAAUAAUAUAGAUAAAGACGGUCAAAAACAAAGAAUUGAUUGGAACAAUGUGCAAAUACCAGUCUUUGUGCAACAUCAUCUAACACACAAUUUUCAAUUAUCAAGAUUAUUUACAGGAGUUUUUACCACACUAACACGAUCAAAUGAUGAAGAAAUCAGUCAAAAACGACAAGUAAACGAGUUUUCAUUGGAUAAACCGAAACGCCUAUCUCAGAAAAAGCUGUUAUUACAGUCAAAAUAUCAAUCAAAUAUUCCACCUAUACAACGUGUACCAUUACCUGAAAAUAAAUUACCAAUAUCAACUGAAGACAAAUCGAAUAAUGUCAAUGUACCACGAUUCAGUUCAACUCAAUUGCCAUCAAUUUGUAUGUUUACAGUUAAGAAUAGUAUUAAUCAAGUCAAUUGCAUUACAUUCUCGGACGAUUGUAUGCUAAUUGCUAUUGGUUUUCACUCUGCAAAAAUUUUGAUUUGUUCAAUUGGCUCAACAAAAUUAAAAAUAUUAAAAUGUUCACAAACACUAAAUUCUAUCCUGAAUAAUUCUACUCUUUUAAGUGGUUUACUGUAUGGAAAUUUGGAUAUUAAUGAAAUAUCAUUGGAAAAAUAUGGCGAGAAAAGUGAAAUCUGUUUAAUUGGUCAUUGUGGACCGAUUUACGCUGUUAGAUUUGAACCAGUAAAACAAUCAUAUUUACUAUCGGGUUCGCAAGAUUGUACAAUUCGUUUAUGGAGUUUACUGACGUGGACAUGCUUGUUAGUUUAUAAACAACAUAUUCAAGCUGUAAUCGAUAUUCAGUUUGCUCCUUAUGGUCACUAUUUUGCAUCGUGUGGAGCUGAUGGUCUGGCUUGUAUUUGGGUUACUGAUAAAGCAACACCUGUGCGUGUUUAUCCCGAACAUGGUCAAAUUUAUUGCGUACAAUUUCACCCUAAUGGAAAUUAUUUUGCAGCAGCUUGUCAUACGAAUUCAAUUCGCUUAUGGGACAUAGUACAAUGUGAUAAUAAUUCAUUAGUUCGUCUAUUCAAUGGUCAUCAAAAACAAAUAUCCGUUUUAAAAUUUUCAUCGUGUGGACGAUUACUCGUAUCGGGAAGUUACGAUUGUUCUGUUAUUCUGUGGGAUAUACAAGAUUCUGUUAUGAUCGCAAAUUUAUCAGCACAUACGGAUGCUAUUAUCGCAUUACAAUUCAGUAUUACUGGCAAUUUGUUAAUAACAGGUGGAAUAGAUUAUACAAUUAACAUUUGGGAUUUUAUACAAAUCAUAAACAUAUACAAUGAAAAAAUUAAUGAUGAAUCAUAUUCAGACGAAUUAACAAAAACUAAGAACAACGAUAAUAUAACUGCACAAUCUCAUAUAAAACUGGCUAGUUUUCAAACAAAAGAGACGCCCAUAUUUGAUCUUCAUGUUAGCAAACAAAAUAUUUUAUACGCUAUAGGACCAAUAUUAUCAAAUUAA